ACAAGAAACUUACCAGUUAACAGUGAUAAAGAAAUGAAAGAUGCAGGAUUGUUCCCAUUUAUAUGUCAUUAUGUAUACUAUCAGGGAAAGCACAGGUGCAAUAACAUAAAUAUGUCUCUUUUCCAUUAAGUGUCCCUUUAAUGCUGCAGUGAUGAAACAAACCCAAUGGAAGGCAGCCACCAUUAAUGUGAUGCACUCAGACUGUAUAGAAAUAUGAAGAAAUGUUAAAACAUGUCGAAAUUCCUGCUGUGAAAAAGGUCUAAGGGUGUGGGUAAACUUUGACGUUUCAGUACACUGAAUAAUUUGUUAGUGUUACAUAUUUAGUCGUUGUGUGCCUGAACAGCUGAUUAAAAUUAUCUUCUGACAGGCAGAAUAUAAACUAAUUUUAAAAUAGGAUAAUAUUUGUUUUGUUUUCAGGUGUUGAGUUGAACCAUUUAGUAACUCAACCGCAGUGAAAACAACAGUAGAUGCCUUAUAUCAUAUUCAUGUUUUAAGGUCAACAGAUGUGACUUUUUUUCUCCAAUGCUGAUGAUGCUAAUUAUUAGUCAUCAAAAAGACCAAUAAUAAGUAUUAGAAAGAAAUACAUAAUACUUAGUUGAGUUGCCUUAGUUCUGUAAAGGUAUUGUAUAAUUUAAGUUUAAAUAUAAAAAUACGUUUUUAAGUUUAUUCAGUACUGAUAGACGAUUAUUGGUGAGAUGUGACCACACAUCUGUACCAAUAAAGAGACUACAUGCAGCUCAAUUAGUAGGAGCAGAGAUGAGUCCAGCAUUGAUGAAUUCUCGGGGAGUUAUAUCCAGGUCCACUGGAGAAGUUUUUAACAAACUUGGUUGUUGAAGUGAUAAUGGUGAAUGCUUAUUCUCUCAUUCCAUACGUUUUAAGUUAACUUAUAGAGUUCUUAACGACUCGUGGCACUGCUUUGAUGAUCGGCCCUUGUAUUCUUAAUAUCGUGUGAUCUUCCAGCUUGCUCAUAAAUAAACCACGCACUGUGAGCACAAACAGGACACAGUAGAUAGACAUUUUUGCUGACUGAAGAUGAUACGAAUCGACUGUUUGUGGCAGUAUAAUGCGCCAUAUGAAUAGCAUGGCACCACUGGGAAUGAAUGAGAGAUGAAGACUACAAGAUAAUGCAGGUUUGAAACAUUCAGGAUACAUAUUUACUAGGGAUGGGACGAGAUCUCGUGGCGCGAGAUCAAAAUGUCACGAGAAUUCCCGUGCACGCCUUCCACGAGAUUGUAGUUUAAGUAACAGUCCUUUAGUAUUUAUUUUAUCUUGGCCUGUUCAAUAUACUACUGCUGAGUUAUGUAAUGACACCCCCCACCACUAAGGGGCAACAGUGCGCAAUGAGUGCGCGGGUUGUUUUGAUACGUGUGUGCCGGUGUGUGCACAGACGUGCUGCAGUCGAGACAGAGAGAACCGCCAGAAAUGCAAUGGAGUACGAAGGAGAAAUCCAGGAUCCAUCCCCAACUUUUAAAUCUCCAGUCUGGCAACACUUUGGUUUUCCGGUGGAAGAAAAAGAUGAGCUUCAGCGCGAUGGUUUCUGCCAGAAUCCUUUCUUUGAAUGUCUGGUUGCAGAAAUACCAGAGGAGCAUAAAUCUAAGGAAGGAUUUACAGUUGUUGGAUAUGCGCUUUACUUUUACACCUACAGUACAUGGAAGGGCUCCACAGUAUAUCUGGAGGACCUGUAUGUGAUGUCAGAAUUCAGAGGAAAUGGCAUUGGCACAGGUUUACUGAGCAAAGUUGCUGAGGUAGCAAAGAAGAAGAAGCAGUGUGUGCAGCUGCAGCUGUCAGUGUUUGACUGGAAUACUCCUUCUCGAGACUUCUACGCUGCUAAAGGAGCUCAGGACCUCACUGACACUGAAGGCUGGCACUUCAUACGCUUUGAUGGACAAAACCUGGACAAUUUAGCAAAUGAGGCUCCAAAAGAUUGAAAAGUUGCCAUGAGAAAUACACUGUGUCCUGCUGUGAAAAAUAUUUACCUUUAUAAGAAAGUGCCAAAUAUGUUUUAAUAUUUGUUGUCUACCUAGUUUUUCCCCUGGAAUAACAAAUUUUAAACCAGUCAUGUUCACGAGCACCUACAUGUGGUUUAUAAAUAGUGUUUAAAAUGAUUAUAAUAAUUAUUAGAAACUCUUAAUGCACUUUUAAUUACUCUGUAACCUUCCGUCAUUUUGCAGACAGUUGCAUGUGGUUAAUCUUUGUCACUUGUCUUACAAUCGUUUGUUUAUUCUGUAUCAUUAAUAUCGAUAUCAGGUAUUAAAUUGCAUUUAUCAUGAAAUUCAA